GGAAGACCUGAAGUAGAGAUGCUCUUGGGAAUCAUCCCCAGGAGUGGAAGUGGAGAAUGCCCUCCUUGAGUGAGCAAAGCGAGUGAAGCGCAGCCUCUCUAGACUCUGGGGGCUAAGGUGGGCGUGAGCGAAGGGGAGAUAGAGAAGAAGGAUCUGCGCAGGGCUCCAUGGCCUUCCUGCACAGCUGCUCUUGUCCUCCCCUAAGCCUGUACCAUGAGGACUGCUUUCUCAGGACUCCUGUCAUAAUUUUUUUGUAAACAGAGGAAAUAGCUAAAAAUGACAAGUAGAAGUAUUGAGGAGUCCAUGGGGGCUGUUCAUAUGGGGUUAGUCAGAACACUUAAAGGAUUCCAAAGCAAGAUUUUACCACCCAUGAGUCCAAAGGUGGUUGCAGAAGAUGAAGUAAAUCGAAUGCUGACACCCUCGGAGUUCCUGAAGGAAAUGUCCCUCACCACAGAGCAGAGACUGGCCAACACCCGUGUGAUGUGCCGACCACAGAUCAUUGAACUUUUAGAUAUGAGGGAAACAACACAUCAAAAGUUUCCAGGAAUUGACCUGGAUCAGGCGUUAUUCCAGCCUUUUCCAUCAGAAAUCAUAUUUCAGAACUACACUCCCUGUGAAGUCUAUGAGGUCCCACUGGUUUUGAGGAACACUGACACAAUUCCAAGGAUGGUGAAAGUUGUUGAGGAAAGUUCACCUUACUUUAAAGUAAUCAGCCCCAAAGAUAUCAGCCACAAAGUCGCUCCAGGAGUGCCAUCCGUGUUCCGAAUCCUCUUUACACCAGAGGAAAACAAGGAUUAUGCCCAUAUGUUGACCUGUGUUACUGAAAGAGAAAAGUUUAUUGUGCCCAUCAAAGCUAGAGGUGCACGAGCCAUCAUAGAUUUUCCUGACAAGCUGAAUUUUUCCACUUGCCCUGUCAAAUACAGCACUCAGAAGAUCCUGCUGGUACGAAACAUUGGCAACAAAGAUUCUGUAUUUCACAUCAAAACUCAUAGGCCCUUCUCUGUAGAGCCGUCUGUUGGAACUCUGAAUGUAGGAGAGUCCAUGCAACUGGAAGUGGAUUUUGAACCACAGACUGUGGGCAAUCACAGUGAAAGACUUAUUGUGCAUUACGACACAGGUGAAAAAGUGUUUAUAUCUCUGUAUGGAGCUGCCGUAGACAUGAACAUAAGGUUGGACAAGAAUUCCUUGAUCCUGGAGAAAACUUACAUAUCUCUGGCCAAUCAGCGAACUGUAACUAUUCACAACCACAGUAGCAUCAUUGCCCAUUUCCAGUGGAAGGUAUUUGCUACCCAGGAAGAGGAAGACCAAGAAAAGUACAGGGUCUGUGAUGAUCUUAGCAAAAAGGAAAAGAGUGAGACUGAUGAGUUUCUUGAGGAGUGCAUUAUUGAUCCUUCUCUCCGACAACGUCUUUCCAUUCUCUCCCGAACUUUUGAGAAUCAGAGAAAGCUGGUUCAGGCAGACAGCAUGCUCUUCUUGAAUACCAUUUUCACUAUUGAGCCUCUGGAAGGCGAUGUCUGGCCCAAUUCAUCAGCUGAAAUCACUGUGUACUUUAAUCCCCGGGAAGCCAAGCUCUACCAGCAGACCAUCUACUGUGACAUUUCAGGUCGAGAGAUCCGUCUGCCCCUCCGAAUCAAAGGGGAAGGAAUGGGACCAAAGAUUCAUUUCAACUUUGAGUUGCUGGAUAUUGGAAAAGUUUUUGUUGGAUCUGUACAUUGUUAUGAGGCAGUGCUAUCCAACAAAGGCAGCAUUGAUGCCCUCUUCAAUGUGGUCCCUCCAGUUUCACCUCUGGGGGCCUGCUUUGUUUUCAGUCCCAAAGAAGGCAUCAUCAAACCAAGCGGAGUCCAGGCUGUCCAGAUCUCCUUCAGUUCUGCUAUCCUAGGGCACUUUGAAGAAGAGUUCCUAGUCAAUGUGAAUGGGUCACCUGAGCCUGUGAAAUUGACCAUUAGAGGCUGUGUCAUUGGACCUACCUUCCAUUUUAAUGUUCCUGCUCUGCAUUUUGGUGAUGUUUCCUUUGGGUUUCCUCAUACCUUGAUAUGUUCCCUCAAUAAUACCUCCUUGGUCCCCAUGACCUUCAAACUGCGUGUCCCUGGGGAUGGCGUUGGCCAGCAAAGCAUUUCAAGUUGUGAGCAGUAUUCAGACAACCAAAAACCAUUUUGGAACAAGGAUGAAUUACCUGUAAUAAGACCAAAAGAAUUCACCAUAACCCCCAGCUGCGGCACCAUUCGCUCCCAGGGAUUUGCUGCUAUCAGGGUGACCUUAUGCUCCAACACUGUGCAGAAAUAUGAGCUGGCCUUGGUGGUAGAUGUGGAGGGCAUCGGGGAGGAAGUGCUGGCGCUCCUAAUUACAGCAAGGUGUAUUGUACCUAACCUCCACGUGGUUAAUACAGAGGUGGACUUCGGGCGUUGCUUCCUCAAGUAUCCAUAUAAGAAAACGAUCCAGCUUGUCAAUGAUGACAACCUCCCAGGAUGCUACCGGGUCCUGCCUCAGGUGUAUCAGGAUGUGCCCGCUGUGCUGCUCUCUAGUCCCACGCCCUGUGGGAUCAUCCCCCCGCACAGCACGGUUCACAUACCUCUGACCCUGGAGACCCAAGUCACUGGGGAAUACAGGUCCACAGUUUACAUCUCAACCUUUGGGAGCCAGGAUCCCCCGAUGGUAUGUCACUUAAAGAGCAUCGGAGAAGGCCCAGUUAUCUAUGUACAUCCCAGUCAAGUUGACUUUGGCAAUAUCUACGUCCUGAAGGACUCCCUCAGGGUUCUCAACUUGUCUAACCAGUCCUUCAUCCCCGCAUUUUUCACGGCACACAUGGCACACAAAAAGUCCCUUUGGACCAUUGAGCCCAAGGAAGGCAUGGUUCCCCCAGAAAGUGAUGUCGAACUGACACUGACCGCCAACUUGAACGACAUACUGACAUUCAAAGACACAGUCGUUUUGGACAUUGAAAAUAGCAACACCUACAGAAUUCCUGUCCAGGCUUCAGGAGUUGGCUCCACCAUUGUUUCAGAUAAGCCCUUUGCACCAGAACUCAAUUUGGGAGCACACUUUAGCCUGGACACCUAUUACUACCACUUCAAGUUGACCAACAAGGGACGUCGGGCCCAACAUUUAUUCUGGAUGAAUGAAGAUUUCUGUCCAAAAGAAAAGUUGAGCAAGAAGAAGCUGGCCAAGAAGGAUCAUGCUAAGAGCCAGCCCCAGGUCCAGUGCUGCCAGGCACCCAGGGAGCCUCACGGCCCCGUGUUUCAGCUCCACCCCGUCAGGAUGGAGCUGUCCCCAGGCCAGACGAUUGAUGUGAUACUCGAAGGCUAUUCUACCACUCCCAGGGUAGUCAAAGAAAAGCUGGUAUGCCACACCAUCAUUGGGACACAAAAGGGGAAGAGCCUGGUGAUGACCGUGAGCAUCAUCUGUGAGUUUGUGGCGCCAUUCAUCCAGCUCUCCACCAAGCAGCUUGUUUACCGACUGGAGAAGAAACCUAACACUAUCCUCGAACCUGAAUACCAGCCCUUGGCCAUAAAGAACAUUUCCACGCUGCCUGUGAACGUGGUGCUCUCAACAGGUGGACCCUUCUUUAUCUGCGAGACUGAUAAAUCCCUGCUGCCCUCAACUCCUGAGCCUGUUAAACUGGAGGUCGGUGAAGUGAAAGACCUGCUGGUCAGAUUUGACCCUUCCUACAAAAAUGAUCUGAACAACUGGGUGGCCGAAGAAGUUUUAGCCGUCAAGUAUGUGGAGCACCCUCAAGUGGACAUCCUGCACCUGCGUGGAGAAGUGAAUUACCCCAACCUCACCUUUGAGACCAUGGAGCUGGAUUUUGGCUGUAUCUUGAAUGACACUGAGGUGAUCCGCUACAUCAUGAUCACCAACUGCAGCCCCCUGGUUGUGAAGUUUCGCUGGUUCUUCCUGGUGGACGAUGAGGAAAAUCAGAUAAGGUUUGCGCUGUCCCAGGGGGAGUCCACCCCAGUAACCCUGGCAUCUGGCAGUUCGGCUGCAGUCCCAGCAAUAGAGUCCCCCGAGAUCGACCUAAGUGAUUUUGUUAAGACUAUUAUUGUGGAUGAAGAUGUCGGAUCUGAAGAAAGAGAAAACAAAAAAGCACAAGUGCCCCCUCUGGCCAUCUCAGACGGAUCGAGAAUGAACUCUGCUGAAACAGAAAGAAUAGACGUGAACCAGAGCCACAGGGAGUUUCAUGAAUCCCCAUGGAGCUUUGAGCGGGAUGAAAUGUUUUCCAUUGGUGUAGAAGAAGUGUUUGAUAUUUUGCCCCUCUAUGGAGUGCUGCGGCCACACAGUAGCCACCAGAUAUCAUUCACCUUCUAUGGACACUGUGACAUCAUUGCGCAGGCUAAGGCUCUGUGCGAAGUGGAAGGAGGACCCACCUAUGAGAUCAUACUAAGGGGAGAGGCCUCCCUGGUCAACUACUCCUUUGACACCAAGGAUAUUAACUAUGGAUUACAGCUGUUUGACCUGGUCACAGAGAAAGAAAUCACUCUCAAGAACACUGGGAAAGUUGGCUUUGAGUUCAGGGUUCUGACUGACCCCCAGUCUUCAGCAGACAACCUUCUACCAGGAGUGCCACUCAUCCAGCCUCUCUCAGGUUUUAUCAGUUCCCAUAAAGAGCAAGUAUUGAAGGUUUAUUACUUACCUGGAGUGCCUGAGAUCUUUCAAAGAAGUUUCCAGAUACAGAUUGCCCACCUGGACCCAGAAAAUAUUACUCUGAGUGGAGAGGGAAUCUUUCCCCGAAUCUGCCUCGAUCUCCCCAGGAACCUCAAAGGAUGUGAAAAAUAUGAAAUCUUCUUAAAUCAGGCCAGAAAAAACCUAGAGAAAGAGUACAAUAAAUGUGAAACGCUUUAUCACUUAGAGACACCAGAGGAGACUGUGCCUGAUGACAAUUCUUCUGAGUUAAAUGCUCACCUCCAGAUGGAAGUAGAGCGACUUAUAGUCCAAGACUAUGCCAUAGAACAUCAGAAAUCAAUUGUCCCUGCUUCCAUGGAUGACUUCUACCAUCGGAGUCGCCGUAAGCCAAUCAAAGUCCAGCUCCCAGAAUACAUCCUGGACUUUGGCUACAUCAUCCUCGGUGACGUCCAAACCCACAUCAUCAAGAUCACCAACACCAGUCACUUUCCAGUGUCCUUCCAUGCAGAGAAGCGUGUCCUUCAUGACACAGGCUUUAGUAUUGAGCUAGAUCGUGUGAAGAAUCUGCCUUACUGUGAAACGGAAACAUUUGAAGUGCGAUUCGACACACAAGGGGGCAAUGUUUCUGUUGGCAACAAAGAGGUCAUUCUGCCCAUCAAGGUGGUUGGAGGGCCACCAGUUCACAUCUGUCUGCAAGCCAAGGUGACCAUUCCCAGUAUGACCCUGUCUUGUGGAAAAGUGGAGUUUGCCACGAUUCAGUGUGGACAGUGCCUUGUGGAAACUAUUCAGCUUUCCAAUCACCUCCAAGUCCCUUGUGAAUGGUUUGUCCAGAGCCAUAAGCCAGUUGUUAGCAAGCUGGAGAAACACAUGCCAAAAUACUUAAGACGCAAACUGUGUGCUGAAUUAAAGCCAAAGACACGGAUCUUUGAGAUUCAGCCCACUUCAGGGGUCUUGGAUCCUGGUGAGAGGUCCAACAUGCAAGUGAAAUUCAUGCCCAAAGAGGAGAAAGUCUACAGCCAAACCUUGGUGUUCCAGAUUGCCCAGAGUGCUCAAAAGCUUACUCUGCUGGUGGAGGGGCAAGGUCUAGAACCACGCUUGGAGUUUAGUCCCUCGGUUCUGGAGCUGGGGCCCCUGCUGCCCUACGCAGCUGGAGAUGAGGCCGAGGUGGUGGUGAAGAAUCCCUGCAGCUUUCCCAUUGAGUUUUACUCCUUAGAAUUUGACCAGCAAUAUCUUGUAGAAGAGAAGAUCUUGCGAACACUGAAGGGCUAUGAUUCCUACAACUCUCUGCUGCUGCCUCCUCGCCUUCCGGGGGAGAAGCUGCCCCCAGAGGUGUAUGAGUACUUCAGGGAGAUAAAGCGAUCCAAAGAGGAGCAGAUGAAGGUGAAAUAUCUGGAGACUCUGGCGCAGGAGAACGAAGAGGACGAUGGUCCCUUGUCAGAGCAGGGCACUUCGGCGAGCACAAAGAGGACCUCGCUCAGCCGAGGGAUCUCUGUCACGUCCAACCUGGAAGAGCGGCACAUCCCAAUGGUCGAGUCCAAGACCUACCCGGAGGAAGAGGAGGAUGAGGAGAGCCUGGAAAAACUCAUGUUGCAAACUGACAAGAUUCAGAGUACUGACAGCCACUCUGUGGAGGAGGUUGGAGAAGUAGAGAACAACCCAGUGAGCAAGGCCAUUGCUCGCUACCUGGGUAUUGACAUCUCUGCAGAAGGCCGCAUGGCCAAGAACCGGAAAGGCAUCGCCAUCAUCAUCCAUGGGACGCCCUUGUCAGGAAAGUCAGCCACCGCAGUCAACAUGGCCAGGUACUACAGUGCUGCCUGCCUGAACCUUGACUCUGUCAUGCUGGAAGCCAUCUCUGACAGCAACAACGUCGCAGGCAUCCGCGCCCGGGAGCUCUGCAUUCGGGCUGCCAUAGAGCAGUCCAUGAAGGAGGAAGAGUCUGCCCAGGAGGCUACUGCUGCGAGUCAAAAUGCCGUGGGACAAAUGCGACUCAGCAAUGAGACCCUGAGCAAGUUAACUUCAGAAUGCACUCUGGUAACACCCGAAGUGAAACCUACCAAGCCUGUGCGUGGGAGUGUGCUACUCACCAAGGGCAAGGCAGAGAGCCAUGGCUCUGGGUCUCAGAAGCAGCAUCACCAGCACUCGUCUGAAACGCCCCAGGUUUCCUCCAGCCCUCUCCCCGCGGGGCCCACGCAGCGUCGACUCAGUGUCAGCGCCAGUGUUGGAGGUGAUACCGGGCUCGUGAGCUGCGUGCUCCCUGAGGAGCUAUUCACUCAGAUCCUGGCCGACCGAAUUCAGCUGAGUGACUGCUACCGAGGAGUGGUGUUUGACAGCCUGGAGACACUCUUUGCUCGGAACGCAGCUACCGCUCUUCUCUGCCUGCUGAAGGCCAUCGGCAAUCGGGAGCACAUCUAUGUCAUCAACAUGGCCCAGGAUUACGCAGCCAUGAAGGCCCAGGAAAAAGCCAAAAAUGAGCAAGAAGAGCACAAACGCAGAGAAGCGCAGAAGAGAGAGAAGGAGCGUCUCCAAAGCAUGGAUGAGGAAGAAUAUGAUGCCUUGACAGAGGAGGAGAAAAUAACCUUCAACCGAGAGGUUCAGCAAGCCCUGCGGGAGAGGAAGAGGAGGGAGCUAGAGAGACUGGCAAAGGAGAUGCAGGAAAAGAAGCUACAGCAGGAACUUGAGCGACAGAAGGAAGAAGAUGAGCUAAAACGGAAGAAUAAAAAGCCAAAGCAGGGACCCGUAAAGGAGGAGCCGUCCACGAAGAAAUCUCAGAUACCAAGCCGGCAGAUUCUUACUUUUUCCAAACUAGAGGUGAAGAUGGACGCAGUAGAAAGAAAAGUGUCCGUCAGAGAGCAGGAGCAAGAAGAUAGCGAGGGGGACCUCCCGAAGGACACUGACAAGAACAUGGCCCAGAAGUUUAAGACCUUCGAGCUGACCCUGAAGGACAUCCAGAAUAUCCUCACGUACUGGGACCGGAAGCAGGGAGUUCUGCUGCAUCACAUUGGCGCUGAGGACAUGAGCCAUGAGGACGGGGCCGACCAGCGCCAGGUUCCCUCCGGAGGACGCCGAGGCCGCAAGGACCGGGAGCGGGAGCGUGCGGAGAAGGAGCGAGCCGAGAGGGAGCGCCUGGAACGGGAGAGGGCCGAGAGGGAGCGGCUGGAGAAGCUCCGCGCCCAGGAGGAGCGCAGCGACAGAGGCGAGGGCGAGGAGGAGGACCACGAAGGGAAGAAGGAUCUGGGUGUGCCGUUCAUAAACAUCCAGACGCCUGACUCCGAAGGCUCGAGCUGGAAGCAGGCCCUGGAAAAUGAGAGGCUUCCUAAAGGGGAACAGAUCCUAGACAUCUUGGGCCUGGGUUCCUCUGGACCACCUAUCCCACCACCUGCUUUAUACUCAAUCAUCUCCUACCCUGUGAAGCGACAGCCUUUGGCCAUGACAGAAAUCCUGAAGCAUUUCGUGUUUAUAACUCCACCCUCUGAAGACUUCUCCCUGAUGGAGGAGAAAAGAGAAGUGGAAGCAGAAACAGAGCUUUCAACCACCCCAGGCUCCUCAAAGACCCAGGAGGAGCAAAUCACCUUGUCUAAAGGGAGCAAACAGAAAACGAAAGAAAAAGAGAAAGAAAAGACGGAUCAGCCGCGUGAGACUCAGAAGGAGAAACGCCGCAUGGCCUUCAACAGGAAGGGCCUUUCUGCAGGAACUUCUGGAACCAUUGCUCCGCUGUCAGAUGUAGAGCAGAACAACUUAACUGGGCAGCAUUCCCAGGAGAAAUUCACCAGGCUGAAUCAUUUCCGGUGGAUCGUGCCUGCCAACGGUGAGGUGACAUUGCGCCUACACUUCUGUUCCAACGAUCUUGGGAUCUUUGACCAAACAUUUAACUUUGAGAUCCUUGGAACUCACCGCCAGUACCAGCUUUACUGCCGAGGUGUCUGCACUUACCCAUACAUUUGCCAAGACCCAAAGGUGGUAUUCCCUCAGCGGAAGAUGGAAAUGAAGGCAAAUGAGGUCAUCUUUAAGAAGUAUAUUGUGAGCAUGGAGAGGUUUCACUUCGGACCACUGCUUUGUGGGAAAUCAAGAGAUAAGUACAAGUCCUCCUUGUUCCCAGGCAACAUGGAGACACUGACAAUCCUGAACAGCUCCCCAAUGGUUGUGGAGGUGUAUUUCUGUUUUCAGAAUGACAUCAAAGCAAACACCUACUUCCUGGAGCCCAUCAACAUGAUUCUGAAACCCAAUGAGAAGCAGAUGCUGAAUGUAUGGGCCUACCCUACUGCAGUCGGUGUCUUUGAAGACAGCAUUGUCUGCUGCAUCAAGGGGAACCCCGAGCCGGCUGUCUUCAAGUUAAGCUGCCAGGGUGUCCGCCCAGAAUUGGAGCUGGAUCCCAGACAGUUGCAUUUUGACCGGCUCUUGCUGCACAGAAAAGACUCCAAGGCAGUUCUUCUCCGCAACAUCACACUCCUGCCCCUGGCCUGGAGGAUCACCAGCCUAGAGCACCUGGGCGAAGACUUCAGCGUGUCCACCAUGCAGGGGAUCAUAGCCGCCAAGUCUGAGUAUAGCCUUCAGGUGCAGUUCCAGCCCUCCAAACCUGUCAAUGUCAAGAAGGCAAUCCGGUUGGAGGUUUUGGACGCAGACAACCUCGUUGGUGUCGUUCAGAUUGAAAACAUCCUGAUCUUUGCCGAGUCCUAUGACGUUGCCUUAGACAUCACCUUCCCCAAAGGAGCUGAAGGAGGCCUUGAUUUGGGGAUUGUGAAAGUCAUGGACGAGGUGAAGCAGCCCCUGCAGCUGAAGAACCGUGGGAAAUAUGAGAUCAUGUUCAGCUUUUCUGUGGACUCCUUAGGGCUUUCUGCAACCAAUAUAAGUUCCAUGAUCACAGUCCAACCCAAGAAGGGCUCACUGACCACGACAGAAAAGCCCACAAAUGUCCAGGUGCUCUUCCAUGCAAAAAAGGAAGUGAAAAUCGAGAACCAGCCAGUUUUGCGCUGUCAGAUUAUUGAGCCUAAUAUCUCAGAAGGAGGUGAAAUUAUUGCCAGCAUCCCGAUUAAGUUUUCUGUGACUGCGGUGUUCUCCAAGUACAACAUCAGCCCCUCCUCCAUCAUCAACUUCGGGGCUUUGAUCUAUGGCACUCGUAAAAGCGCCUUCUUCACCAUAGAAAAUCAAGGCAUGAUCGACUUCAAGUAUGCCCUGUAUAGGCUGACAGGGGAGAGCCCCCUUCAUCAGAAGAAAGUAGCCACCCAUGUCAGACAUGCAAGAUCCCGGGAAAGCGAGAACUUUUACAAGACUGGACCUUCCAAAACAACCAAGUUCUCUGACUCUGUUCCGAAAGACAUGAACGUCACAAGCCAGGCUCGCUUCACCCAUGGGAUGUUCACCGUGUACCCUGGGUUUGGUACCAUCCCUUCCGGAGGGAUACAGGUCAUCACUGUUGACUGUGUGGCUGACCCCGUGGGAAGAUGUGAAGAGUUCAUAGCAAUUGAUAUCUCUGACCGAGAUCCAAGAGACCAGCCCGCUGGCAUCCCAUACAGCCUGUUGGCUGAAGCCUGUCAGCCAGCCUUUGUGACUGACAACAAUGGCUUGAUAUUUGAGGAGCACCAGCUCUGUAGCAGCACCAACCUGAACAGCAUCCUGCAGACCAUAGAGAGCGGGGGCUUGUAUGUGGAGGAUGAGAACAAGUUCAUCUUCUGCAACGUCCUGGUGGGCCACCAGGCCAAGGCUCGGUUCAAGAUCUGCAAUGUGGGAAAGAUCGCCUGUGAUGUGAACCUCGUGGUUAAGCCCAUCUCCAGUAAGGUCUUUGCCCGCAUCACAGACAUCUUUGAAGUGGAACCCAACAAGAUGUGUGUUGCUAGCCGCUCACACGCCUUUGCCACAGUGUCCUUCACCCCACAGACCAUGCAGACCUACCAGUGCAUCUUUGAGGCCACCUUGGAUGGCUUGCCCAGCAUCCUGGCCAAGAACCGAAGCCUUGUGUUUGAUAUUGUUGGAGAGGGGAACCUCCCUCGGGUGACUGUUGUGCGACCAGUUCUCUACAACCAGUAUGGAAAUCUCUUACUUCUCUUUAAGAGGCUUCUGCUUGGUCGUUCAGAGACACUGCCUCUUAUCCUCAAGAACAGUGGUGCCAUCCCCGCCAAGCUGCAUGUUGACCUACAGGACCAACUAGGAGUCUUCUCCCUGAAAGGGAAGCCUUCUACCUCCUACAUCUACAUCACAGAGGAAAACAAACCACAAGCAAAAGCAAAGAAAGCUCACACAGCUUCCCUGGUUGUUCCUCCUGGAGAAGUAGCUGAAUUUGAUGUUGUUUUCCACUCCAAGAAAGUAGGGAGAGUGGCAGGCACCCUUCACUUGUCAGUGAUCAACAACCAGUACGAGGAUACAGUCAUCCACAUGGCGGGAGAGGGCUAUGAGGAUGACAUCACCUUGGACAACAUCCACGGGCUGGUGGCUUCCUCCAGCCAGGAGUCCUCAGAUAUCUCUGAGGCCAAUGAGGAAAGCACCAUGGAAGACUUGGUGGCAGCUGCUCUGCUGAAUCACAUCCAGUUCGGGGACUGCCACAUUGGAACCAGCUAUAAUGUGAGCUUCAGCAUCACAAAUCACAGCCAAGCGAAUGUGAUACGGUUUGAAUGGCCGCUUUUAGCUACUGUUUCUUUCUCCCCACAGAUGGGCCACCUCCACCCUGGCUGUGCCAAGGACGUAGUGGUGACCAUGAAGUCAGACGUGCCCAUCAACCUGAAGAAGAUGGGGGUCAAGUGCAAGGUCUCCAAGAUCAUGUUUCCGCUCCCUGCAGACCAAGUACCUGACUGGGAUGACCGCAUGCGGACGGUCAAGUGGGUGGACGUGCCCAGAAACACUCCCGGGACUUUCACUACAAAACGAAAAGUGAUAGAGACUGAUCCCGAGCCGGCUUACUCAGUCCUAGAAGAGAACUAUCGAGAACUGCAGCUGCAAAUCAGUGCCCACGUGAAUUUCGCCUCAUAUAAGUGCCAGACUACCGAUGUGCACUUUAAGGAAACCCUGGUUUACCAGACUCGAGUGUUUGAGUUUGAACUGAUUAAUUCAGGAAAUGUGCAGCUGGCAUUCAACUGGAUCUCAGAAGAGACAGCAAAGGCUGUCAGCUUUGCCAUGCCAGACAACCAAGGUUUCUCCCAAAGAGACCAGCUUAGCCAGGCCACGCUGCACACGCUCAGCACAGUGGACAGUGCCAUGGACCACUGGAAUGAAACUUCCCUGCCACCCUUCUCUGUGGAGCCCAUCUCGGGUACCGUGCCAGUGGGGAAGACUCAGAAGCUCAAAGUAAAAUUCUCCCCACUGGAAGUUGGAGACUUUGAGAGCAAUCUUUUCUGCCAGAUUCCUAACCUGCCACCCGGAGAGCAUGGCCCAGUCCUGUCAGCCAAAGGGCGGAGCUCCCUGCCCAUCUGCCAUUUUGACCUGAAAGAUUCAGACUACAUCAUCGGUCAUCGGCGCAACCCAGACCUCCGAGGGCCUAGUGGUGGGGCUCUGGAUCCAAACACCCGGGUGAUUGAGUUCACCAGCGUGGGCAUAGGAGGGAAGAAUCUCCGGACCUUUACAAUACUAAACCCGACCAGUAGCGCCUAUGCCUUUUCCUGGGUCUCUGAAGAAAUUGAAAGUCUCCAGAACCCUCCAGCCUUCACGUGCCUUACAGAAAAGGGCCUCAUCCUCCCUGAAAAGAAAGCUGAGGUUAUCUUCCAGUUCACACCUUCCCAUCUGGACAUCUCGGAGGCAUUCUGGACUUUCUUAAUCCCCGAACACAACAUCACAGUCCCUUUCCUGCUGGUAGGCAAAGCCACUGACCCUCUCAUCAAUUUGGACAAGUCACAUAUCAACUUCAGUUGUCUCCUCAUUGGCAGGGAAGCCAGGGAGACUGUGAAGAUCAUCAACAAGGAGGAGCAGGAGUUCCACUUUGCCUUCCAGGACACCUCCCGGUAUUCUGAAGCUUUCAGCAACAGCCUGGUUGUAUGUCCCAUGGAAGGCUGGGUCCCCCCACUGUCCAGGUUCCCAAUUGAUAUUUUCUUCACACCGAAGAAAGAAGGAGAUGUGAACUUUAAUUUGAUCUGCAAUGUGAAAAAGAAAGCCCACCCUCUGACCUUAAAUGUCAAGGCUGAGGGCUACUCUGUGAACGUGGAGGUCAAAUGCAAGGACAGGAACGGCUCCGUCACUCUCCUGACUCCCAACCAGACUACCAUUGUCAACUUCUAUGAGGUGGAAUUGAAUGAGUGUGUCCGGUGUGAAUUCAGCUUUAUCAACACUGGAAAGUUCAACUUCAGCUUCCAGGCAGAGCUGUCUGGCCCUAGAUCCCUGCUACAGUACUUGGAAUUUUCACCCACCGAUGGCAGUGUGGACGUGGGGCAGAGUGCACACGCCUCCCUGUCUUUCCGGCCAUUAAAGAAAUGUGUCUUGAAGGGUCUGGAACUCAAAAUCAAGAUCAGCCACGGUCCAACAUUUACGUGCACCAUCUCAGGCUUUGCUGUGAGCCCAGCUGUCCAUUUCUCCUUCACCAGCUACAACUUUGGCACCUGCUUCAUCUACCAAGCUGGCAUGCCCCCAUACAAGCAAACCCUGCUUGUCACCAACAAGGAGGAGACAGCUAUGAGCUUGGAUUGUUUGUACACCAACACCAGCCACCUCGAGGUGAACUUCCGAGUCGAUGUGAUAAAGCCAGGAAAGACACUGGAGAUCCCCAUCACCUUUUAUCCUCGAGAAACUAUCAGUUAUCGAGAACUCAUCCCCUUUGAAAUCAAUGGGCUCUCGCAGCAAGUAGUUGAAAUCAAAGGGAAAGGAACGGAAAUGAAGAUUUUAGUCCUAGAUCCAGCCAAUAAGAUUUUGAAGUUAAGAGCCAUCCUACCUGGACAGGUGGUGAAAAAAAUGGUUUCCAUCAUGAACAACAGCCAAGCCCAGCUCACAUUUAACCUGUCAGUCAUGUUCUCGGCAGAACUCCAGGAAACCAAGGUCAUCACCUUGUCACCAUUCCGCAACAUCACUCUGAAGCCCAAAGAGGUUCAGAAGCUGGAAGUCACCUUCGCCCCACUAAAGCGUGUCCCUCCCUUCUCCGAGGAGGUGUUCAUGGAGUGCAUGGGGCUCCUGCGGCCCCUUUUCCUCAUCAGUGGCUGCUGCCAGGCCCUGGAGAUCUCCCUAGACCAGGAGCAUCUUCCCUUUGGACCAGUCGUGUGUCAGACACAAGCCACGCGUCGCAUCCUCAUGUUGAACACGGGUGACGUGGGUGCAAGGUUCAAAUGGGAUACCAAAAAACUUGAGCCUCUGUUCUCCAUCAGCCCGGAAGAGGGCUAUAUCACCGCAGGCAUGGAGGUUUCUUUUGAAGUGACUUACCAUCCUACCGAGGUGGGCAAGGAGAUUCUCCACAAAAACUUGCUCUGCUUCAUCCAGGGAGGCAGUCCUCUGAGCCUAACCCUGUCUGGAGUGUGUGUGGGACCACCUUCAGUAAAAGAGGUGGUGAAUUUCACCUGCCAGGUGCGCUCCAAGCACACACAGACCAUCAUGCUUUCGAACCGCAGCAACCAGACCUGGAAUCUGCACCCCAUCAUUGAGGGUGAGCACUGGGAGGGGCCCGAGUUCAUCACCCUGGAGCCUCACCAGCAAAACAAGCCCUACGAGAUCACCUACCGGCCCCGCAGCAUGAACGUGGAGAGCCGCAAACAUCAGGGCACCCUCUUCUUCCCCCUCCCAGAUGGGACUGGCUGGCUAUACAUGCUGCACGGGACUUCCGAGCUCCCCAAGGCUGUGGCCAAUAUCUACCGUGAAGUGCCAUGUAAGACACCCUACACUGAGCUCCUGCCAGUCACCAACUGGCUGAACAAGCCCCAGAGAUUCCGGGUCAUUGUGGAAAUAUUGAAACCAGAGAAGCCUGACCUGACUGUCACCUUAAAGGGCCUUGAUUACAUUGAUGUGCUGUCCUCCUCCAAGAAAGAUUACAAGCUGAACUUCUUCUCCUACAAGGAGGGACUGUACACAGCAAAGGUGAUCUUCCGAAAUGAGGUGACCAACGAGUUCUUAUACUACACGUUGAGUUUCAGGGUCAUCCCUUCAGGCGUCAUCAAAACCAUUGAGAUGGUGAGCCCCAUCCGGCAGAGCACCUCGGCCUUCAUCAAGGUGGAAAACCCCCUGCCUUACAUGGUGACCUUCUCCACGGAAUGCAGGAUGCCCGACAUCAGCCUGCCCUCCCAGUUCGUGGUGCCCGCCAACUCUGAGGGGACCUUCACAUUUGAAUUCCAGCCCCUGAAAGCUGGAGAAAGCUUCGGGAAACUGACACUGCACAACAGCGAGCUGGGUUACUACCUAUAUGAGCUCAAUUUGAAAGCCUUGCCAGCACUGCCUGAAAAGCCCGUCCACUUCCAGGCUGUUCUUGGCAGCGGCCAGAGCAUCUUUGCCAAGUUCACCAAUUACACUCGGCAGAAGACAGAAUACUACUGCAGGACCGACAGUCCAGACUUCCACACGGAAAAGGUCAUCUACGCGGCGCCUGGGGCGCAGGGCGGCACGGAGGUCAGCGUGGAGGUGUACUUCGAGCCCAGCCACCUGGGCGAGAGCAAGGGCAUCCUGACCCUGUCGUCGCUCGCGGGUGGCGAGUACACCAUCCCCCUCUUCGGGGUGGCUCUGGCCCCCAAGCCACAAGGCCCCUUCCUGAUCCGAGCCGGCUACAGCAUCGUCAUCCCCUUCAAGAACGUCUUCUACCGCCCGGUCACCUUCUCCUUCAUCGUGGAGAACAACGCGUUCUCCAUCCGCGCCACGGACUCUGUGAAGCCCAAGAAGAUCAACAACAUCACAGUCUACUUCGAAGGAAACCCAUCGGGCAGCAAAACCCCCAUCACCAGCAAGCUGAUUGUGACCUGCCCGCCCGGAGAAGGCAGCGACACUGCAACUAAGUGGGUUUAUUACCUGAAGGGGAUCACCCCGUAGUGUGAACCAGGGUUGGCAGCGUCAUCAAAAAGCCAUCUCAUCAGCCGUUAAGACCUUUGUGUUGUUCUAAGCCCCACAAAGAAUAGAGGAAAUAAUGAGAAUUCUAAAGGUACUAUCUCCAGUUCAAUUAUAAGGGCACUUAUUUUCACAUUAUAUGAAUUCCAAAUAUCUAUAUGAAAUACAGAUACUCCAUGUUUAACACAGUAACCAUAUAAAACAGAGCUAUAUUUUACUUUGCAAGA